CUGGGUAUUUGCACCACUGAAGGGAUUUUCCACGGAUGACAAGAAGCACCAACCAGGUAGUUAUUUUUGUCUAAGGUAAAAGAGAUUAUAUUUUCAAAGCAACCACUCUACUGGGGAAGGGAAAUCUCGCUGGGCAAGAAAAAGUGAAGCCUGUUUAUAUAAGCUUUGGGUUUCAAUUCUUGUAACUAAAGCCCCAGUGUUUUGGGAGAGCCCAUACAUAGCUCAAUGGUAAAGCACAAGGUUCUCAUGUUAAAUUCCUGAUAUCUUCAAUGAAGAGGAGCAGGGCAGCAGGUGCUUUAAAAGACCUGUUAUGGACACUCGCUCACAGUCAAUGGACCAAUCAUCUCAUGCGGUAUCAGACAGCAAGCUUCCUGUAGUCUCCUAAGCCAAGGAUGGGAUGGGGAACUUUCUAUACGUUGUUUAACUACAACUGUCAUCUCUGACCAUGCACUGGAGUUGAUGGGAGCUGGCGUUCCACACCAUCUGGAGGGCCACAGGUUUGCUACCUCUGCUGUACGCCGAGGUGUAUUUUAUUAGCAGCGGACCCUAAAUUAAACACUAGCAAUCCUGUCUUGGCGCCUUGUCAGUUUCCGGCGCUCUCCUCUCUACCCCCGACCAGCACCUUUCUGAGAUCCAGAACUAUGUUGGCAACGCGCAGAACUGAGAAGAAAAGAAAAGGAAACAGGUGCUCUGCGGAACAAGCGGCAGCCGUUGACUCCAACUCUCCCACGUAAUAGCCUAGGGCGCGUUUUCUUUCUUUCUUGUACGCUCUUUGGUUUGGGCUGAUCUUGGGAGGCGUUGACGGUGGGGCGGUCUCUCCAACCCCAAACGCAGUUCCUAAGGUAGCUUCAGGCUUGGAGGGAGAGGCGGAGGCAGCACUAGAGUUUCGGAAAGAACUUUCUUAGUCGAGGGGGUGGAGUGGAGAAGGGGCGGUCUAGAAAGUAACACGCAAAAUCGGUGACUGCGGGUAGGUGGACUGGCUGGCUGGCUCGGCUCCUUUGGUGGUGUCACUUGCCCUGCUAGGUGGUUUUUACUUUUUCUACCCUUCCCGGAGCCGGAUCCAGUUCCCGGGUCCCGAUUCCCCCAGCCCAGCCCAGCCCAGCCAGAUCUUCCUUUGUGAUGGGCUCCCCUGAGGGAGAGCAGGUAGACUUGGCCGAGGUGUCCCGGCUCCGCUCGCUCUUCCUGGCCUGCGACGUGAACGGCUCCGGCCGGAUCGAGCGCGACGAUUUCGGCUUACUGUGCACCGAGCUGCGGGUCAGGCCGGCGGAGGCCGAAGCGAUCUUCCAGCGCCUGGACACCGACCGCGACGGCGCCAUCACCUUCCAGGAGUUCGUCCGCGGGUUCCACGGCGCCACUCAGAGGCGGCACCAACCGCACCAGCAUCGUCGGCUAGGCAACUGUGAGGAGCCGUCGGAGGACGAGGCUGAGGAGCUGGAUAUGGGGGAUGCCCUCGACGCCGUGACCGAGACGGCAGCAGCGACUGCGAUGGGACCGAGCCAGGCUUGGCGGGGAUUUGAGCUCCGGCUCGGGCAGGAGGCAGGCUUCAUCCCUAGACAAGAACAGGUCAGCGUUCUGUAUCAGAACAUCAAUAUAGUGGAACCACGAUUAAUUCAACCUUAUGAACAAGUUAUUAAGAACUUUAUUCGAGAGAUCAAGCUUCAGAGUGCAGAGAUGGAAAGCUUAGCCAUAGCGGUAAAAAGAGCACAAGAUAAAGCAGCAAUACAGCUUGGUGAACUAGACGAAGAGAUGGACCAGCGAAUACAGGCUGCAGAGCAUAAAAUCAAGAAGGAGGAGAAGCGGAAAGCAGAAGAGGCCCUAAAUGAUCUCAAGCGCCAAUAUGAGACUGAAGUUGGUGAUCUCCAGGUGACAAUAAAAAAACUUAAAAUGCUGGAAGAACAAUCUAAAAACAUUCAUCACAAAGAAGAUUUGGUGGCAUUAAAGAACAGGAUACAUGAUCUGACCUUGGAAAACCAACAACUUAAAAAAGAACUGCUGGAAGCACAGACAAAUAUAGCUUUCCUUCAGAGCGAGUUAGAUGCUUUGAAAAGUGAUAUUGUAGAUCAUAGUUUGAGUUCAGAAAGAGACCUAGAAAUGAUCAGAGAGUACACUGAAGACAGAGAUAGUCUGGAAAGACAGAUAGAGAUUCUACAGUCAGCCAACAGGAAACUUCAUGACAGCAACGAUGGCUUAAGAAGCACAUUAGAGAAUAGCUGGAGCAUGUACAACAGAUCGCUGCGUCUGACAAAUACUUCCCCAGGGAACACGCUCUCCCGAAGCAGUCCUAAAUGCAGUGGUGGCCAGUCUCCUCAACAUCCACGCUAUGACAGGUCACCCCAUUCGUCCUAUAUGGAUGAAGACUAUGACUCUCUGGCACUUUGUGAUCCUAUGCAGAGGAUAAACUGUGAGGUUGACAGUCUGCCAGAAAGCUGCUUUGACAGUGGCUUGUCUACCUUGAGAGACUCAAAUGAAUAUGAUUCGGAAGUGGAAUCUAAGCAUCACAGGAUUUCUCAAAGGUCACAGUGUCUGCAGGAAAGCUUUACAGGCGACGCUUCUGAUACAGAUGUCCCAGAUAUCAGAGAUGAAGAGGUAUAUAGUCCUGAUGACGUCAGUAUGGUAUUGGACUGGAAGCCCACUCACCCAGUCAGUCGAAGCAGUUCUGGAGCAUCAACAAGAAAAUGUAUUCCUGUCAUCUCUCCACAGUCAGACUCCGCAGACUGUAGCUCCAGAUACCCAAGUUCAGAGAAGGCUUACAAGAUAGUUCUUGCUGGGGAUGCAGCUGUUGGAAAAUCUAGCUUUCUUAUGAGGCUUUGCAAGAAUGAAUUUCGAGGAAACACCAGUGCAACUCUAGGAGUUGACUUUCAAAUGAAGAGACUCAUUGUUGACGGGGAACUUACAGUGCUACAGCUGUGGGACACAGCAGGACAAGAGAGGUUCCGAAGUAUAGCUAAAUCCUACUUCAGAAGAGCAGACGGCGUACUUCUGCUAUAUGACGUUACCUGUGAGAAAAGUUUUCUUAAUGUACGAGAAUGGGUGGAUAUGAUUUCGGAUGCAACACAUGAAAACAUCCCAAUCAUGAUGGUGGGAAACAAAGCCGAUCUUCGGCAGGUGGUUUCUGAGCAAGGACAGAAAUGCGUACCAAUCAGCUAUGGAGAGAAGCUGGCCAUGACCUAUGGUGCAUUGUUCUGUGAAACAAGUGCUAAAGAUGGAUCUAACGUUGUGGAGGCAGUACUUCAUCUUGCUCGGGAAGUACGAAAAAGAAGUGAUAAAGAUGAUGACAGGUCUGUGACUAACCUGACUGAGUCGUCGUUAAAGAAGCCGUCUCUCAGCAAAAACUGCUGUGGUGUUUAGAGAGAACCCAUUUCUUUUUGGCCUCAAAGGAGCAGAUUUCUGUGGUGGGGGGUGAGGGUGGGGAAUUUAGGCAUAGAUUGUUGAGGAUGACUAGCAGAGGGGAACAUGAGAACCAUUGUUCUUCAGUCACCGCAUCCAUGAGGACCUUCAGCCACUUCAAAUGCUUUGGAACAGUGUGGAGCAAAACCAAGCCAGGGAGCAUGGGAUCUUUGGUCCAGAAGCAAGGUCCGCCACUCCUGUGCCUUCCACCUGAGGAAGAUUUAAGUGACGCAUCCUUCUUACUAUAACUAUAUAUGUAAAUAAUAAGCCCCUUCUCUGGCAUCCUGGAAGACAUUGGCCACUGUUUGUGAAACUUCAUCACCAGCCGAAAACCCACAGGCAUGUUGGUUUUGAAAGGAUUCCUGGAGCUCUGAAGUUCCCCCUCCCCCCAAUGUUUCGCAAGGAAACAUGGUGGCAAUUGACAUCUAGGCAACUGAACCUAAAUGGGAAAGAAAAACAUGGCUGUGUCUGAAGCUAAACAGAACACUUGUCCCUUCAAUGAGCAACUCUUCGGUCUGGGAUCACAUCUCUGGUGUAAUUGAGGAACUUUGGGGACAAAUUCAUAAGGCAAGCUCGCCUCUUCUCUUUGAAGCCAUAAAGAUCAGUUGAUGGGGGAUAAAUGAAAUAUGUCCAGUUGUCACUGGUGAUAAACCUAUGUCUGGCUAUACCACGUUAGAUUAAUUCCCAGCUGGGGUUGGAAGAUUCCAGGAUAUUGAAAGGUAGCAUAUUUUGAAGAAGCCGAGGCUAGAAUCUUCCCCCUGGACAUCUAGUUUUCUAUGUAGAGAAAAUAUUUUGUAUUGAAAAGUGUUAAUUUAUAUGUUCUCGCCUAAUUUGACAUGGUAUAUAGCCUAAACAGGGGUUUACCACCUCCAUAAGAACUAGCACUUGAACAAGUCUUCUGCCAUUUGUUGGAAGACUCCCUCCCCACAGGCCAGUAUUCUCAUAAUAUAGUGAAAUUCAGUCUGUGCAUUUUCCCCUGCUUCUAGAAUAAUGAGGUAUGAUCCUAAUGGAUGGAGAUCAGUGGCUUUCACAAAUGGAGUCCCAAGUCAUCUGUACUUGGCUUACACCAAUAGCUCAUCUAAGCUUCCUGCAGCUCAUCUGGAAAUGGUUAGACUUGUUGUGGGCCUAAGUUUAAACAAACCAAAGGAGAAGAAAGGGCAAGACCUGGACAGAUGAAACAAUGGGGAACAAAAUUUGUGGCAGCUGGAGGCUCAAUGUUAGUGGGGCAGUGUCUAGGUUGCAAAUAUGGGUCCUGCCAACUAUGUUUGUGAGAUAGAUCUUGAAAUCAUAAAAGUGUAAGAAUAACCUCCCUGAACAACAUAGGUGCUAUGUUUGUGCAAUAGUGCACUUUAGUAUUGUAUUUCUAUAGUGAUAUAUUUGGGUUAUAUCCUCCAAUUCUGCCUUAUGUGAACAGAGGGAGUGUUGGAUCUAGUGGAGGCCUCCAGUAAUGGGCGGUCAUUUUUGCUGAUCCUCCUCCCCACCUCCUGUGCCUGUUCUGGAGGAUCUCCCAAUUCUCCAGAGCAGCUAUCUGAGAGGGCAGAGGGGCCAACAGGAGUGAGGAGAAAGAUGGCAAAGUCAUUUCCAUUAUUGGAGGCAUCUGCUGGGUCAAAAGUCCUUCUGUGAAUGGAAUAGCACAAUUGGAUUCCACCCAUUGUCUUGAUACCAAAAGAGGAAAACCAAAUUGCAAGUUCCCUGGGAAGUUGAUGGGGAUUGAUGGGCUCAAAAGUUUGUUGGCCAGACAGAGAGACCUGGUCACUUUUAUAUACAUGUUAAAUGUUUUACUGUAUUUAUGGAUUCACAUUUUUUCCACAUAACUAAUUUAUAAAACUAGUCUAUUUUAAGAGAUGUAAAGAUUUUAGUUUGCUUUUCUGUGCUCAUCAUUGUCAUUAAGUGGGGGAAAUGCCCAAAGUUGAAACAUUUGUUAGCUGUUCACAUUUGUGCAACUUACAGCAACCUAGAAAACAAGUCCAAAUUCUGCAAGUCUCAAAGAAGACUCUUUUGUCAUAGAACUGUCCAGGUUUUGAAAGGCUGUGCACAAUUAUAUAUGUAUAUAUAUGUAUUUUGCCUAAUGACUGAGAAAUUCCCUUUGCAGCUGAAUCUUCUUGGGAAUUGCCUGACUGGGUUAAGACCUCAAAAUAGUCUUGCUGACCAGAAGUCACUGGUCAGGAUCCCAACGACUGUGCAUAUUUAAAUGGACUAAUGGCUUUAUCCCAAAAUUUGCGGGGUCAGUUUGAAUGUAAUGCUAAUCUAUGGUUUGGCAUUAAGUGAUCAAGCCUUGGGUUCUUUCAUUCCCUUCAUGUCCUUUGGCAUGGCCUGUAUGUCUGUGAGUAGGGUAACUGGAUAAUUUAAACUAUAGCUAGUGAGCCCCAGGAUCAUAAACAAUGGUUUGAUCCUGAUUAUUUGAACUAACAAUAGUUUAAAAUGGGGAUGGAUAACCUGAGGCCCUCUGGAUAUUCUUGGACUCCAUCUCCCAUCAGCCCUACCAUCAUGGCCAUUUGGGAUGAUGGGAGUUGUUUGGAGGGCCACAGGUUCUCCAUCUUGGUGUUGGCAAUAUGUCCAAAGAAGGCCUGCUUUGUCAGCAAACACAGAAUUGGGCCUACUUAUACACCACUGCAAAACCUAAUGCCAGGGAUGUUUCAAAGCAGGUGGUAUCUGUAAAAAUGUUUCGAAGUUGGAGAGAAUUAAAAAUACAAUUUUCUGUAAUUAAGCCAACCCAGAUGCAAAUUUGUGCAAGUAAGCCAUCAUAAGUGGUUUUCAUAUUGUUCUCUUUUUUUGAUGUAUACAUUCAUGCUAACCAUUCAAACCUGUAUCCCAGAGUUUCCAGUUUUAUUUUUUGUUGAGAUUUUAAAGCGCUUUUUAAAAAAUAGCUGAAAUCUUGAAGCAUGGUUACAGGUCUCAGAUACACUCAAAAAUAAGGGUUAGAUUUUUUAAAAAAAGUAUAAAAUCCUCAGCAUUUUUUCAACCACAUGCAGAAUAUCUGUUGGUAGCCUUGCUGAAUUUAAGCCUAAUACUGUUUUUAAAUGCCUUUACCACACGGAAGGCCUCAUAUAUAAGUACUGAUUUGACUUCCCCCAGAAUUACUGCACUUUUAUAACUCUAGUUUCUAUUUUUGAUGUCACUAUCUCCAUGCAAGUUAUCCAUUACAUUGGCUCCAGUGCACAAAUGGAGCUUCCCAGCUGUUUCAAUGGAAGGAGGUGUUUCACUCAUGCUGUGAGGCCCUUCAAAUGUUGCUAGACUAUAACUCACUAUUGACUAUGCUGCCUUGGGCUGAUGGGAGUUGGAGUCCAAUGACAUCUGGAGGGUCACAGGUUCCCCUGCUCUAGGGCAAGGAAAACCUCUCCAUAUGUACUAAAGUGUAAGGAGGAUUCUCCAUUCACGGCAACUCCUUGCACACACUGAAGCACAGUGUGAGACUCUGGACUGGGACAAAUUGAGCUCAGUCAGCCAUGAAUCAAUUUGUGCCAGUAUGAUUCGUUAACAGAGCUCAGCCAAUUUGUAAAAACAAUUCUGGGUUGAUUUGUUGAGUACUUGUAGUGUAGUCUUAACUGCAAAAGUAGUCUUUAUUUAUUUAGUAGCUAUGUUACCUUAUACAUGUAUAUUUAUUUUCUAAGGAGAAUCCUUAUGUGUAUGUUUUUGUUUCUCAUAAAUUCUGUACAUAAGAUUUAUUUUUAUGCAUUUAGCACUUAAAUACUAUUGUUUGUUCCUUAAUGCCUUUGUUCCUGAACACAUAACCAUGCUGCUUUUAAAGCCAAUGAUCUCUGUGUUUUGGCCUCAUUAAAGAAUUGGUCUGCUAUCAAAGUACUUUGGUAGUCAGCCUUUUAACAUAUGCUAUUAGUUCUUAUGUGCCAAAAUAUGCUGCACUAAAAUUUCUUAGAAUUAAA